GCUUGAUAUCUUGUGUUACCCUGAAUAAGGUAUUAACAUCUUAGUUUGAAUAAUAAACAGAUUCAGUGUAAAAUAGCUCAAUAUGAGCAAUAAUGUGGGAUCGGCUGGUGAGACGAUUAUCGAGAUGGAGAUCACGCCUCUCACCAGCAGUCCCGGAAACGACCUCUCGCCACCGGACAGACAAACAGAAGAAGACGUCAUGAGCCUUGCAGACGCAAUAGAAUGCGACGACUUACAACAACUGAAGAAGUUGCUAGGCCAAACGGACUCCAGUAACAGCGAGCAAAAGACCAACACGGAGCCCAAAAAAAGCAUUCCUGUUUACCUGAAACAAAUUUCGCUGGUUGUCGAUUAUCAAACUCUCUCAGUUAGGAGCAAAAGAGGUAAAACUGCCCUACACUUGACCAUAGAAAAAGGAUAUGACGGAUUUUCUCAAUCAAUCAUUGAAAAAUUUCCACAGAUGCUCUUAGAAACGGACAAGAGAGGCGACACUCCAUUACAUUAUAUAAUUAAAUACGAGCGCACUAAGCUGUGCUCGAACGUUAAAGAUUUUCUUGCUGAAGAAAUUAUACAUAAAAAGAACGAGAAGUCGGUCACAGCAAUGCAUUCUGCGGCGAUCGAACGACGUCCAGAAAUCAUGAAAAUUUUGCUCGAAAAGAAAGGAGACCCAAGAAUAUUAACCAGCAACUUACAUACUCCCCUCCACUUCGCCGCGCAAUACGGCUCAGAAGAAUGCGUUAAGCUACUCCUAGCAGCGGACAAAGACGUCGAAAAUCUCCAAACAAACGCCCAGGAAGGGGCAGAAAAGUACGUGAACAUGCGCACAAAACAUGGACGAACAGCGCUCAUGUUCGCAGCCAAGCAAGGAUUUCUGGAAAUUUGUAAGCUUCUCAAGUCUACCGAUGCGAACCUCCAAUGUGUAGAGGGGAAAACUGCCUUGCACUACGCAUUAAACAAAGGACUAGAACGUGUUGUCUUCUAUAUAGUUGAACGACUACAGACGGAUUGUUUGAUAAAAGACAAAGAUGGGAAUCUUCCUUUACAUUUAUCCGUUUGUGGCAGAAAAGAGUGCUUUUCAUACAUGCUUCAAAAAACUGAUUCAGAUGCAUUGAGUGAUGACGUUGUUGCUGAACUCGUAAAACUGGCAGCAACAAAAUCACUGAAGAACAUCCAAAUAAUGGCAGAUAAUGAGAAAUUCCGUGAACGCCUAAUAACAUAUCGUGAUCCUGCGAACAACAAUUUACUUCACCUCACUGUCGUGAGAGAGAGUUACUCCUCUGCUCUUGCUCUGAUAAGGAACACAAAAAUUAGUAAAACUUCUAAAAAUAGCGAUGAUAACACCCCACUUCACUUGCUGAUAAUGCAUUCAGGUAGAGCUAUGUCCGAUCAGGAAGACGAGCGACGACAGGUACAGACAGCGUUGCUACGUAGCGCUCAAGACGUUGUCAACUCGGCCAACAAACACGGGGAAACUCCUUUAUACUUGGCAUCGAAGUUCGGAGCUCAUGACAUCCUCUGCUCACUUCUUCAGAAAAAACCUGUUCUGAAAUUCACAACACCACAAGAAAGCGCAAUUCACAUUGCUGCUCAAAAAGGACACGAUGCCUGUUUGAAAAUGCUGCUACGCUCAGCAAGGUCAAAAGAUUUUAUCAAACUCCGAAGAAUGAAAGUUCACCCUCUGCAUUUGUCCUCCAAGCACGGUCACUUAGAGUGCGCUAAGCUUCUAUUGACAAGCUCUUUUGGAGAUCAGAAUUUCAAAGAGAACUUGACCAGCAAAGCUGAAAACGGCCACUAUCCAGUGGACAAAGCCUUCGCCGGCAUGCAUGGCGAGCUCUUCACAUUCCUGCUCAUCCAGAUGGCUAAGGAUGACAAGGAUGAGGAAUUCUCAACUCGACUUCACGGAUAUUUUAAGAAAAGCAUGAAAGAAAUAGACAUGGGUAACGAGCAACAGAAGGCCAAGCUAUUGGCUUUCAGGUCCGCAGUUCUGGAAGCAGUGAUUGAGAGCAACUGGUGCAACGUGGCAUUCAACACACAAUUCUGUGGCAACAUCCGGCAGCCUCUCACCGCCAAUGAAGAAGAAGUUCAUAAUAAAAUAAAACCCUGUGACUCUUUUGCACGGCUCAUCAGCAACCGCCCUGACUUGGCUUGCCGAGCCCUGGAUAAGCACAUCACACUUCUUCCUGGCGGCAACCGAGAACUGCACGACUACACCCCUUUCGAGUUCAUCUACUAUAGAACAGAAAAUUCGAAAGUCAUGUCUCCGUUCAGCGAGAUAAUGCCAGAGAGACAAACACACGAUCUUGAGACCAGUUCCAACACUUGCAAUGUUUCAACGACACGCGCCCAAAGUGACGUCGUCGAAGCGAAUGAUCCACAGAAUUCUACUGAAAAUUCUGAAUUGUUGAACAAAACCAAUUACGACAGCCAUGAUCUUAAUGGUACUACUGAGACGAAUCAACCUCCUGAGAGGCGUGGAUCAUCAAGCGUUGAGAAGAAAGACUCGUGGCUUGUUCGCAGAUUCUAUGGCCUCUACGGUAAAAGGGAUGCGAAGGAGGAAGAAAAUUCAAACUGUCUGGAAUCAAAUGUAGAAGAAUUUAGCGGCAUAAGCUGGUACAAAGACCAUCCUCUUCAGAAAGCAGUUGAGACUUGCCGACAAGAUCACGGCCGAGUGCUACGCCACAGAUUAACCCAGUAAGAUUGUAUG